AUGAAAUCUCGUUUAUUUGUUCAAAAAAAUUUUUCUUCAAACUCAUCAAACAAUAACACUGAUAUUCAGAUUUACGAUGAUUUUGGCAAUCAAAUUGAUAAUAAAGAAGCUAAAAAUGUAUCCAUGACAUUAAAUCAUGAACUUGAACACGUUGGUCUUGAAUAUUGUUACAAUGAAGGUGAUCAAGAUAUUGUUAUGAAUUCAGAAAAUGAGUUUGAACAUGAUAGCAGUAGUGUUAGUGAUGAAACUGAAUCAAAUAAUAAUACAAAUGAUUUUUUAUCUGAAAAAAAUAUUGAUCAAUUUGAUUUUGAUUUAAAUAAUAUUUCGACUGAUUAUGAAAAUGUUUACCCGAUACAAUUUUUAUCUCAAUUAAUGAAUUUUAUUCGUGAUGCUUGUUUAAAUAAAACAACAACAGAAGCCUUAUUGGCAUUGUUACGAUCAACAUGUUCAUUUGGAAUAGAUAAUAUUCCAAAAACCACAAAUAGUUUAUGGCAACAAGUUGGUGUAGCAUUUACGUAUAAAAGAUUUUAUUACUGUUCAAUAUGUUUUAUGGAACUGAUACAUUAUCAAGAUUGUUGUUCACAUUGUAAGAUAAAAUCAAAACCAAAUUCUGAAUUAUUUAUAUUUUCAAUUGAUGAUGAAUUAAAACGAAUUGUUCAGACAAAUAUUGAUGUAAUACGGUGGUACAGUGUACCUGACCAUCAAAUAAAUGCUGAUAUUGUGAAUGGUGAGUGGUACAAACGAAGUAACACAGGUGAACCUCGUUUAAGUUUAAUGUUAAGCACUGAUGGUAAGCCUCUAAUUAAAUCAAAACAAAGUAAAACUAGUGUGUGGCCUGUGAUUUCAUUUUUGGUCGAGAUACCUCCUCCAUUACGUGAAUAUUUUAAUAAUAUAGUUUUACUCGGACUAUGGCAUUCACCUGUAACACCACCAUGUUCAUUGUUAUUAGAUAAAAUAGUAAACAAUAUCAAGCUUUUAAUGGCAACCGGUAUAAAUAUCUAUUUAAAUAAUAAAAUGAUUCAUUUUUCAAUAAAUGUUCAAUUAAUUACGGGUGAUUUUCCGGCACGGUCCAAAUGCAACCGUCUUGUAAAUCAUAAUGGAUUUUAUGCGUGUUCAAGGUGUCUUUUUGAAGGAACACGUUGUUCAUCACCUUGUGGUAAUCAUACACUUUACAGAUGGACAGAUUUUAUUCUAACACCACAAGCACAACGAACUCAAGAGCACAUGAAUUUAUGUGCUCAACAGAUUAAUUCUGUUAAUAAAAUUGUAUUCGGUGUUGUUGGAACUUCACCACUUGCUUCCAUAUUAUCGAUACCUCAACAAUCAACAUUUGAUUAUUUUCAUUUAGUACUUGAAAUACACUUUCGCUUAUUCGCAUCGGAAAGUUGUUUACAAAUCUUUGACAAAAUCGCACAUGGUUCUGUAAUCUUAGGUGAACAAAUAUCAUUUUGGUGGUGUGUAUUUCGUCAGAUACGUUCAAAAGAAACACAUUAUAGUCAUCAUUUAUUAAUUGAUGAAAAACUAAUCGAGGAUAACUUUUUUGAUUUUAACAAUUUAGAAAAAUAUCGUCAAGAAUUCGACUUGGUUUAUAAUCAAACAUUUGGUGAAUUUCCUAAUUUAUCAUUAAAAUAUUAUUCUAGAUACCAGUGUGGUUUAAUUGUUUAUCAUUCGGUAUCAUAUAGUCGACGUCAAAAUUCUAACAGUUAUACUGUAUGUGUUAAAGAUGAAAAAGUUGAAUUUGAAACAGAACAUGAUUGA